CACCUCUUCAGCCCACGCAUACGUCAGAUCUACUUUGAGCGUAUAAAAGGAGAUGGGACACCAAAAGAGGGAGAGCACACACUGGUCCAUUCAGCACAUGCCUCUCACUUCCAGGCCUUUUUUUUGAAACAAAGAUGAUUUUAUUGAGUGAAGAAGGACAGUUUCAGCUUCUGAAGAUGUGGAAAGUUUUUGUCCUGGUCAGCCUUUCUGUUCCACUGGUGGUGUCAUCCUCAUGCCCUAAGGACUGUCGGUGUCCAGCUGAUGUCCCCAGAUGUGCAGCAGGGGUCAGUCUCAUCCUGGACAGCUGUGGAUGCUGUGAAGUUUGUGCCCGACAGCUGAAUGAAGACUGCAGUCAGACAGAACCAUGUGACCAAAUGAAGGGACUGGAGUGCAACUUUGGAGGAGGACGAGGGUCUGCUAAGGGCAUUUGUCGAGCCAGAUCAGAUGGAAGAACAUGCGAGUACAACAAAAAGAUUUACCAGAACGGUGAAACCUUCUACCCAAACUGCAAACACCAGUGCACUUGCAUGGACAGCGCCGUUGGAUGUGUGUCCCUGUGUCCGCAUGAGCUCACGCUGCCUAAAGUGGGCUGUGCCAGUCCCAGGUUGAUCAAGAUCCCGGGUCAGUGCUGCGAACAACUGGUCUGCCCCGAUGAACCUAAGACAGGACCCUCUGUGUUAAAGGAGCACCGAAAAAAACACAACAAAGGCAGAGCAACGGAAAAACACCUCACCAGCAAGAGAGGAGUAGCAGAGUCCUUACCUGCUUUUAGGAGUGAUCCUAUAGACAGGAUGCUGGGAGUGGACUGUGGCCCUCGGACCACAGCUUGGUCACCCUGCUCCAGUUCCUGUGGCCCCGGAGUGUCCACUAGAACCACCAGCAGUAAAAACAACUGUGAAAUGGUGACAGAGACUCGGGUUUGUGAAGUCCGACCAUGCAACCAGAUGACCUCCCCAAGAUUAAAGAACAAACAGAAAUGCAACCACAUAGAAAAGCACCCCCACCCAGUCAAGCUAACCCACGAGGGCUGUCGUAGCCUCAGGAAGUUCCAGCCCAGGUACUGUGGGACCUGCUCAGACGGGAGGUGCUGCACGCCUCAUCGGACCCACACCGUACCUGUGCUGUUCAGGUGCAAACAUGGACAGACCAUCAGCAGAAUGGUGAUGAUGAUCAAGUCAUGCAAGUGUGACUUUAACUGCACCGGCAAUGAGCACAAAACACCUGCGCUUCAGAAACUCUUCAAUGACAUUCACAAGCUGAAAAAUUAGUUCAAGGUGUUUAGGAAGGUUUGCACUGUGAGGUUGUUACAUAUAGAAUUCAUUUUAUUGUCAUUUUUGCUUCAAAACAAUGGAGCUUUUAUUUUGCUUCUUUUAGAAGCUUUUAUUUGACAUGUGAAAACUCUUAUUUUUCUAAGGCCAAACAUGUUCUUCACUGGGGAUGCACAGAUAUGUAGAACAGAAUAGAAUAGAAUAGAAUAGAAUAGAAUAGAAUAGAAUAGAAUAGAAUAGAACACAAUAGAAUAGAAUAGAAUAGAAUAGAAUAGAAUAGAAUAGAAUAGAAUAGAUCUUUAUUGUCACUGUCACAGGAACAGUAAAAAUCAGUUUAGCAGCUCUGUUCUGUUAUUAUCUUAGAUCAUUUCUCAAGUGUUAGAAGUGGUAUAAUCUGUCGUAUUAUGUAAAAGGUUGUUUCAUAAAUGUGUCAGGUUAUGUAUCUGCUCAUUCAAAGUAUGAUGAGGGGCUACAAGGUGUUAAAACAGUACAGUUAGCCCAUUUAUCAUAUAUAUAAUAAACAUUUCUUUGUUUCCCUUGUACAAAAAUAGUGAAUAAGUAACAACAAAAUCAUAAACAAAAGGACAAUAACACUGGCCACUGACUAAAUUAUCAUUUUACAUAUGGUAUUGGUGCAUCCUUAAUAACAAUAAAGACAUAUUUAAAGAUAUUUUGACAAGACAUGUCAUGUAACAACACAGUUAAACACACUAUGGCAGCUACACAGUCAUUACAUGAUAUGUCGCUUUUUCCGUUUACUGUACUCAGUUUAUUUAUCAGAAACCACUGUGUAUGAUUGUAUUUGCAUUGUUAUAUUUAAAAGCAUGAUAGUGAAUUAUUAAUAGUGUUUCUCAUGUUCUGUUUUCUGCAUUUACUGUUUAAUUAAGACUGAAGGCUCAAAACAUACUGUGCUGUAUGUGAAUUUGCCAAAUAAAUGUCAUAUUGUAAAUUUUAUUUUUUUCACAAAUAAACAUCAAAAAACAGUGGA